UUGCCCAAAAUCGUUCCAGACCAGCGACCACAGGUUCCACUCCAGCACCAGCAGCGAUCAGCCAACGACUGACGAUCAGCAGCGAUCAGCCGCCACCACCAACGACUGACCAGCCUCCAGUCCAUUUGAGGAUGAAGUUUGAAAGCUUUGAAGAGUGUAAAUUACAUGGAUUAUGUUUAGAUUGAUACAUUGUGGAAGAGUUGGACUUAGACUUGGAGGCUUGAACUUCAAUAGAGUUUUUGUGGAAAUGCAGAGAUCUUGUACAUCAUUGGCUCGAUCUCUUGGAAGAACGAGAGGGUUUUGCACAUCAAAGAACAGCGAUAAGAUCGUAGCCUCUAUGCUCUUCGAGAGACUACCCAUCGUUAUUCCCAAAAUCAACCCUUUUGUUUACGUUUUUCAAGAGUUCUCGUUCCGGUGGAGACAGCAAUAUAGGCGGGCAUAUCCUGAUGAGUUCUUGAAAAAAUCUGAUGCCAGGGGCAAAGGUGAAUACCAAAUUGAUUAUAAACCAGCUCCUCGGAUCACUGAAGCUGACGAAACUAAUGAUAGAAGGUCAUUACAACGGGCGCUGGACAGAAGGCUGUAUCUCCUCAUAUAUGGAACCACAGACGGGGCUUCCAGUGAGAAGCCUGUAUGGCAUUUUCCUGAAAAAGUUUACGGGUCUGAAGAGACGUUACGCAAGUGUGCAGAAUCAGCAUUAGAAUCUGUUAUUGGAGACCUUUCCCACACGUACUUUGUUGGAAAUGCUCCCAUGGGCCAUAUGGUUAUACAACCAGCAGAGAAUGAGAAGGAUCUUCUGUCGCUCAAGCGUUUCUUUUUCAAAUCUCAAGUGAUCGCGACCAGCAAGUUUAAGAUUGAGAAGUGUGAAGAUUUUGUUUGGGUGACCAAGGAUGAACUGUUGGAGUAUUUCCCCGAGCAAGGCGAAUUCCUUAACAAGAUGAUCAUCAGCUGAUGCUGCUUUGUUUCUCAAUUCCAAGCUUACAAUAAGAUUUGUUUUAGGGAUCAAAACCAUGGAUUACUUGUAUCUCUCUCUGUAUUAGAAAGCAAAUUCUUGCAUUCCUCCUGUCAAUGGAAUGUUUUUGACUGUCUUAUCGUGCAUUGAAACCGACUAUAGGAAGUUUAGGCUGCUGAUUGCCAAAAUGAAUUUUGCCGGGCUUCAUAAAUCUGUCUGAAGUUUCGAGUUCUGGAUUUUGAUCUUACGAGGUUAUUGAAUGUAUUGCAGCCUUUUUAUGAACUUUAUUCC